ACGUUCCGUGUCGGCUUGUUGUGACAGCUUCGAUGCGGGAAAAAUACUUGUUUUCUUGCAAGCUUUAGCAUAAUUUCGUUUCCUCCACGCCAGAAAGUGUAUUUUUCCCUUUUUAUUAAGAUAAAAAUGGCUCCAGCAAAGGAAAACGAUUCUCAACGAGAUCAGCAAGGUGUUCCACCGACUAAGAAACCGAAAUUGGAAGAUGUUCUCGAUGAGGAUGGUGGAAACAGUGGACAACAAGUGGCUGUGAAACGGAGGCAAACCGUCACAGAUCGUUCGAAGCAGUGUCCCUAUCUGGACACUAUCAACCGGCAUCUGCUCGAUUUCGAUUUCGAGAAGCUAUGUUCCGUUUCGCUGACCCGCAUCAACGUUUACGCGUGUCUAGUGUGUGGCAAAUAUUUCCAGGGCCGUGGAACCAACACUCACGCGUACACCCAUUCUGUGGCGGAAUCGCACCACGUAUUUCUCAACUUGUCCACGUUAAAGUUUUACUGUCUGCCGGAUAACUACGAAAUCAUCGAUUCGUCGCUGGAUGACAUCAAGUACGUGUUGGAUCCGGUGUUUACCUUGCGUGACAUCCGGAGUCUCGAUCGGGAAGAUGUGAAGCAAUCACGUACGGUGGACGGUACCUUUUAUCAUCCCGGUGUGGUCGGGUUGAACAAUAUCAAAGCAAACGAUUACUGUAACGUGAUCCUGCAGGCUCUUUCACACGUAAAACCAAUCCGGGACUUUUUCCUGAUGGAGAAAAACUAUGCCAACAUUAAGCGGCCACCGGGCGAUACGGCUUUUACGCUGGUGCAACGUUUCGGUGAGCUGUUGCGCAAGUUGUGGAACCCGAGAAAUUUUAAGGCACACGUAUCGCCCCACGAGAUGCUGCAGGCGGUCGUGCUGUGGAGUAACAAACAGUUCCAGAUCACGAAGCAAGGUGAUCCGAUUGAGUUUCUUUCAUGGUUUCUGCACAGUUUGCACAAACAGCUGCGUGGCAAUAAGCAACCGGACUCAUCAGUGGUUAAUAGGAGUUUUCUGGGCGAAAUGAAGAUUUACACUCGGAAGCUACCACCGACGGAACUGGACGAUGUUCAGAAGCAGCUACUGCUGGCCACGGAUGAAUACCAGGAAAAGGAGGAAACGUCCACGUUUCUGUAUCUGACGUGUGAUUUGCCCGCGACGCCGCUAUUCAUUGACGAGCUUAGGGAAAACAUUAUCCCGCAGGUGAAUCUGUACCAGCUGCUCGCCAAGUUUAACUCCAUCUCGGAAAAGGAGUACAAAACGUACAAGGACAAUUUUUUGAAACGAUUUGAGAUUACCCGUCUGCCAAAGUAUGUCAUUCUAUACAUUAAGCGUUUUACCAAGAAUACGUUCUUCUUGGAGAAGAAUCCGACCAUCGUGAACUUUCCGGUCAAAAAUGUGGACUUUGGAGACAUCCUAACAGAGGAUAAUAAAAAAGCUCACCGAUACACCAAAUACAAUCUGGUGGCAAAUAUCGUACACGAUGGUGAACCCAACUCUGGCACUUAUCGGUGUCAUAUACUGCAGAAAAGCACUAACCAAUGGUACGAAAUGCAGGACCUUCAUGUGACGAACAUACUCCCACAGAUGAUCACGUUGACUGAGGCCUACAUUCAGAUUUACGAACUGCAGGAGAACGACGAAACCUAA